UCUUAUGAGGAACGGGGCAAACUCUUGACUUCCGGCGGCGAUUUGAGGCCUGACAGUGUUUUCCUUGUCUUUUCUUACUCUCCAGUCUCUUUCUUUCUUUCUUUUUUUUCCCCUACGUCCCAGGCUGGCUCGACCCUGGCGAAGCGGCGAGCGGGCUCUGCUUCCCAGCCAUCCCGGAGUCCCUCGCUAGCCGAGGGCCUGUUCCCGGGGUCCGCGCGCGCACCUCCCUCUCGCCGUCGUCUCCCCGGGGCCGGGCGCGGGGACACAGUCGCCUCCCCCGCUCCUCGGAGCUGAGGCGGCGGUGCCACCUCCGAACUGCGCUUGCGAAAGAAGCUCGGGAAGGAGUAGUACAAAAUGUCAAAAAUUAGAAGGAAGGUCACGGUGGAAAAUACCAAGACCAUAUCUGAUAGCACAUCCCGAAGACCCAGUGUAUUUGAAAGGCUUGGACCCAGCACUGGCAGUACAGCAGAGACACAGUGCCGUAACUGGCUGAAGACUGGCAACUGCCUCUAUGGAAACACAUGUAGAUUCGUACAUGGCCCUUCACCCCGUGGUAAAGGUUAUAGCAGCAAUUAUAGAAGGUCACCAGAAAGACCUACAGGGGAUCUUAGAGAAAGAAUGAAGAACAAGCGCCAAGAUGUGGACUCUGAGUCCCAGAAACGAAAUACAGAGGAGUCAUCCUCACCUGUUAGGAAAGAAUCUUCAAGAGGGAGACAUAGGGAAAAGGAAGACAUAAAAAUCACUAAGGAGAGAACCCCAGAAAGUGAAGAAGAAAAUGUAGAAUGGGAAACUAAUAGAGAUGAUUCUGACAAUGGAGAUAUUAAUUAUGAUUAUGUUCAUGAGUUGUCAUUGGAAAUGAAGCGUCAAAAGAUACAGAGGGAAUUAAUGAAGCUGGAACAAGAAAACAUGGAGAAAAGAGAAGAAAUUAUUAUUAAAAAGGAGGUUUCACCAGAAGUGGUUAGAUCAAAGUUGUCUCCAUCACCUUCUCUAAGAAAGUCUAGCAAAUCUCCAAAGAGAAAGUCAAGCCCUAAGUCAUCAUCUUCAACUAGCAAGAAAGACAGGAAGACAACUGCAGUUUCCUCUCCAUUGUUGGACCAGCAGAGGAAUUCAAAAAGCAACCAAAGUAAGAAGAAAGGACCUCGAACUCCUAGCCCACCCCCUCCUAUACAGGAAGAUAUUGCUCUAGGGAAAAAAUACAAAGAAAAAUACAAAGUGAAAGACAGGAUAGAGGAAAAACCAAGAGAUGGAAAGGACAGAGGACGAGAUUUUGAAAGACAAAGAGAAAAAAGAGACAAGCCGAGGUCCACUUCCCCAGCAGGACAACAUCAUUCUCCAAUAUCUUCUAGACAUCACUCAUCUUCCUCACAGUCAGGAUCGUCGAUUCAAAGACAUUCUCCUUCUCCUCGCCGAAAAAGAACUCCUUCACCAUCUUAUCAGAGGACAAUAACUCCACCUUUACGCCGCUCUGCUUCUCCCUAUCCUUCACAUUCUCUGGCUUCUCCUCAGAGAAAGCAAAGCCCUCCAAGACAUCGCUCUCCAGUGAGAGAGAAGGGGAGGCAUGAGCAUGAGCGAGCUUCACAGUCUCACGAUCGGCGUCAUGAAAGGAGGGAAGAGACUAGAGGUAAAAGGGACAGAGAAAAGGACACAAGAGAAGAACGAGAGUAUGAACAGGAUCAGAGCUCUUCUCGAGACCACCGGGAUGACCGAGAACCUCGAGAUGGGCGGGAUCGGAGAGAUACCAGAGAUGCGAGAGACCGAAGGGAACUAAGAGACACUAGAGAUGUUCGGGACUCCAGGGAGAUGAGAGAUUAUAGCAGAGAUAACAAAGAGAGCCGCGACCCCAGGGAUUCUCGGUCUGCUCGUGAUGCCCACGACUACAGGGACCGUGAAAGUCGAGAUGCUCAUCGAAAGGAGGACACGUAUCAGGAAGAAUCCCGAAAUUAUGGCAGAAACCAUCUGAGAGAAGAAAGUUCUCGCACUGAAAUAAGGAAUGACUCCAGAAAUGAGUCUCGAAGUGAGAUUAGGAAUGACCGGAUGGGCAGAAGUAGAGCAAGAGCUCCAGAGAUGCCUGAAAAGGGAAGUCGAGGCACAAGAGGUUCUCAGAUUGAUAGUCACAGUAGUAGUAGCAACUAUCAUGACAGCUGGGAGACGCGAAGCAGCUAUCCUGAAAGAGACAGAUACCCUGAGAGAGACAACAGAGAGCAAGCAAGAGAUUCUUCCUUUGAGAGAAGACACGGGGAGAGAGACCGUCGUGACAACAGAGAGAGAGAUCAAAGACCAAGCUCACCAAUUCGACAUCAGGGAAGGAAUGACGAGCUUGAGCGUGAUGAAAGGAGAGAGGAACGAAGAGUAGACAGAACGGAUGAUAGAAGAGACGAAAGGGCUAGGGAGAGAGACCGCGAACGGGAGCGCGAGCGGGAGAGGGAGCGCGAGCGGGAGAGGGACCGGGAGAGAGAGAAAGAGAGAGAACUGGAAAGAGAGCGGGCGCGGGAGCGCGAGCGCGAGCGCGAGCGAGAAAGAGAGAAGGAGAGAGACCGGGAGCGAGAGCGAGACCGGGAGCACGACAGAGAGAGGGAGAGAGAGAGGGAGCGCGAGCGGGAGAAAGAGCGCGAGCGCGAAGAGAGGGAGCGGGAGCGCGAGCGCGAGAGGGAGCGGGAGCGGGAGCGCGAGCGCGAGCGGGAGAGAGCGAGGGAGAGGGAGCGCGAGCGCGAGCGCCAGAGGGAGUGGGAGGACAAGGAGAAAGCUCGCGAGGACCGCAGGGAAAAGCGGGAAGACGUCCGGGAAGACCGGAACCCCAGAGACGGCCACGAGGAGAGGAAGUCCAAGAAGCGCUAUAGAAAUGAAGGGAGUCCUAGCCCUCGUCAGUCACCUAAGCGCCGGCGAGAGCAUUCUCCUGACAGUGACGCCUACAACAGUGGGGAUGAUAAAAAUGAAAAACACAGACUCUUGAGCCAGGUUGUCCGACCUCAAGAAUCACGUUCUCUUAGUCCAUCACACCUUACAGAAGACAGGCAGGGUAGAUGGAGAGAAGACGAUCGUAAACCAGAAAGAAAAGAAAGUUCAAGGCGCUAUGAAGAGCAAGAUUUCAAAGAGAAAGUUUCUUCUGUAGAUAAGCAGAGAGAACAGACAGAAAUAACAGAGAGCUCCAGAACUCGUUCACAAGACCUGACAGGACACCACCCAUCCGAAGAUCGAGACACCUCUGAUGGAGCUUAUGAGGAGAGCAAAAGAAAAGCAAAGAUUCAGAAGAAGCCUAUUAAGAGAAAGAGAGAUGAUGAUGUUGGAAUGGGGAGGGGUAACACAGAGAUAGCAUCUGAAGAUGGUCAAGUAUUUUCACCAAAAAAAGGGCAGAAGAAGAAAAGUGUUGAAAAGAAGCGUAAGAGGUCCAGAGGUGAUUCUGACAUCUCUGAUGAAGAAACGGUGCAGCAGAGUAAGAAGAAAAGAGGCCCGAGGACUCCGCCUAUCACAGCCAAAGAGGAGCCGGCUGACAUGCCCAGUGAUAAGGAUGGCGCUCUGGAGGACCCUCAGAAGAAAGAGGAUACAGCGUUCAGUGACUGGUCUGAUGAGGACGUGCCUGACCGCACGGAUCUGACGGAGCCAGAGCAUGCCGCCACUGCCGCCACCCCUGGAAGGACCCCUUCGCCGUCUUCUCUCCCUCCUCCCCCGCCUCCUCUGUCUGCUACCGCGGCCACCCCUGCCACGGCCUUCAGCACAUCGACCACCACCAUUUCCACCUCUGCCCUCCUCACCACCAAUACAUCUUUUACCAGUGAAGACUCCCAUAGGAAGUGCCACAGAACACGAGCGGAAAAGGUAGAGGCGCCUCAUGUUACUAUAGAAGACGCACCGCAUCGCAAGCCAGUGGAUCAGAAGCGGAGCAGCAGCCUAGGCAGCAACCGGAGCAAUCGCAGUCACACGUCUGGCCGUCUCCGCUCCCCAUCCAACGACUCUGCUCAUCGAAGUGGGGAUGACCAGAACGGUCGAAAGAGAGUGCUGCAUAGCGGCUCAAGAGACAGAGAAAAAACUAAAAGUCUGGAAAUCACAGGAGAGAGAAAAUCCAGGAUUGAUCAGCUAAAGCGUGGAGAACCUAGUCGAAGUACUUCCUCAGAUCGCCAGGAUUCAAGAAGCCAUAGUUCCAGAAGAAGUUCUCCUGAGUCAGAUCGACAGGUCCAUUCAAGAUCGGGGUCAUUUGACAGCAGAGAGAGGCUUCAAGAGCGCGACCGUUAUGAGCACGAGAGAGAGCGGGAGCGAGAAAGGAGGGAAGUCCGGCAGAGAGACUGGGAGCGGGAUGCUGAUAAAGAUUGGCCCCGGAAUAGGGAACGGGAUCGACUGCGGGAACGGGAGAGGGAACGGGACAAAAGGAGAGACUUGGACAGGGAGAGGGAGAGACUACUCUCCGAUGCCCUGGAAAGGGACCGGGAGAGGGACAGGGACAGAACGUUUGAAGGUUCUCAAGUAGAGUCUGUAAAACGCAUUGAAGUCAAACUGGAGAGUGACCAUGACAGAGACCUAGAAGGCGGUUCCCGAGACUCUGGAGCUUUGGAUAAAGAAAGGCUGGAUAAAGAUCUGGGAUCUGUGCAGGGAUUUGAAGAUGCAAGUAGAGCUGAGAGGACUGAGAGUGUGGAAGGAGACGACGAAUCCAAGCUAGAUGAUGCGCAUUCAUUGGGAUCUGGUGCUGGAGAAGGAUACGAGCCAAUUAGUGAUGAUGAACUAGAUGAAAUUCUGGCAGGUGAUGCUGAAAAGCGGGAGGACCAGCAGGAUGAGGAGAAGAUGCCAGAUCCGCUAGAUGUGAUAGACGUGGAUUGGUCUGGUCUUAUGCCAAAGCAUCCAAAAGAACCACGAGAGCCUGGGGCCGCGCUCUUAAAAUUCACACCUGGAGCUGUUAUGCUGCAAGUUGGCAUUUCUAAAAAGUUGGCUGGUCCUGAGCUCUUUACGAAAGUCAAAGAAACAUGCCAGAGACUUUUAGAAAAGCCCAAAGAUACAGACAGUCUCUUUGAACAUGAACUCGGGGCUCUCAACAUGGCUGCAUUACUACGAAAAGAGGAAAGAGCAAAUCUGCUUAGUAAUCUUGGACCAUGUUGUAAAGCGUUAUGCUUCAGACGGGAUUCUGCAAUCCGAAAGCAGCUUGUUAAAAAUGAGAAGGGCACAGUAAAACAAGCUUAUACAAAUGCUCCAGUGGUCGACAAUGAGCUGUUACGACUGAGUCUUCGAUUAUUUAAGCGAAAGACGAUGUGCCAAGGCCCAGGACCUGAAAAGACUGAAGAUAAUAAACUUUCACAGUCCAGUAUCCAACAGGAACUGUGUGUGUCUUAAGAAUGAAGUCCAGGUACAUUUUUGGUACUAUUUUCCUUCAGCAGUGUGUAUUCUUUUUCAAACUUCUUUGGUUUGACAAGCAUUAUUAGUGACAAAGACAGAAAAGACUUACCAGCCAUGCUAAAAUAGUGAUGAACUUUUGAUAAAGUUUAAAGACACUAGUUUGGCGAGCUUAAGAUUUUACAUAAAUUUUUACACUGUCCAAAAUAAUGUGAAAGCAUCUAGAUUGAGUUGUAAUUUAUUCUGUACCUUUUGGUAAAACUGAAGCUUUUGAAAACAGUCAUCCUUAACGCUUCUAGCCUACACAAAUUUUUUUAUGAAAUGGAGCCAGAGCCACUGACUUAUGUACUGGAUCAUCCUUACAGAAACUGCGAUUCUGCUGUUCACUGAAUAAACACACACACACACCAUGCGCCACUGUGACGCAGGACACAGAGGGGUGCUGCUGGGUGUGGGCCGGCCUCCGCAGGAACAAGCCACAGUCCUGUUUUCUGAAAUUCUAAGCAGAACUACUUAAUGACUCUUCAGUUUUUUAAAAUAUAUGUGCAUUGUUACAAUGUAUAUUGGAUAUAUUUCAAUUCUCAAUGGUUUUGUUUGUUAUCAGAGAUUGUCAACUAUUUUUAUUUUUAAUAAAUGUACCUUCCCUUGUUCUAGGUUUACUUUGUUCAUUAAUCUUAUUCCUGAUGUUCAAAAACGUUUGUCAUCAACAUUAUGUUUUCGUACUUCAGAUAUUUUACUGCGUGAGUUAUUGGACAGCUGUAAAUAAUGUGAUAAGAGUUGAGGAUGUACUUUAAGUAUAGCUCAGUAAUACUUGAAACAACCAUACUUUUCAGAACUGUAACCUUUGAUUAUAUUAACCUGCCUCCAACCUGUAAUAUAUAAAGCAAUUUACUUUUUAUAAGUUACAGUAUAUCUGCUUUAUUUUGUAUGUACAUAUUUAACUCAUGAAGUGGACUCUUAGAAGUAUCUGAAAUGGACUCCAAACAGCAGUAUUUGUGGGCAGACAGUAAAAAUAAUGAAGGAAACCAAUCAAAAUUGUAAUUUGCCAAUUGCCUUUCACAGGUUUUUGUUGAAACUAAUUCUCCGUUACCUGUCUAGGUAGUUUUGUACCUUUUCUCUAUGGGUAAUAUACUGUCACAGGUCGAAAGUUUAUAUUCAGGAAUAUUCAUUGUAGUCACUGUACACUUAAUUUUUAUAAAAUACUUACCCAGCAAAGGAAGUAGUCAUAUUUCCAAAUGACCUGGAAAGCAUGUAUAAGAAAACUACAAGUAGCAAAGCAAAAACCAAAAAGGUAAGCAAAAAGAUUUUUCAGGUGUCCGUUUCUUCUUACCAAUUGGUAAAUCUUUUGAAUAAGGAAACAAUGUAAAAUUCUUCAAUGACCUGGAGAAUGAAUACCCUUUAGAAAAUUACCUUCUGUUGUAGUGAUUAAUAGUGUUCUUUGUAACAUAAAGAUUUAUAACAAAAGUUAUGGUUAUCUUGUUCUGUCCAGUGACUUUUAGGAGUAUUUCUUUACAGAAUGAAAACUAUAUAGGUAGAUUUGCCAUUUAGUCAAAUCUGUUGCCUUUUUAGUUUGAAUAUCUUUUGUUAUGUUGUAAAAGAAAAGUUUAAAACUCUUUCUUUGCUUAGUCACAGUACUCAGAGCUUUAUGCUCCCAAUGGGAAUGUAGUGUUAAGUCUCAUAAUAUUUUUAAAAUUAAACAUUCUGUGUAUUGCUAAUCAUAUACCCAUAAAAUUUUUCGAAAGUGAACUUUUGUUGGAUUUUCCAUAAAAUUUCUUGGACCAGUAUUCGUGGAAACAUCUUUUGAUCUAUAAACUGUGUGUUAGUAAAGUCUUCUGUCUCGUAACUGAUGCAGUUUGUCCACUUGCCACACCUGGACUCUAGCUGCUCGCAAUAAGGAGUUGUCCGGCUAGGGAAGAGGCAAGACCAUGUCUGCAAUCCACAGUAAAUAAAAUGAGCGUUAACAGAUGCUUACA